GGUUUUGCUCCCUCUUCCUGCCACCCAUUUGUUGAUCACAUCUGAGGUUUGUUUCUUUCAAGCUUGUGUUUUGUGUGUGAAGAGGUUGCUGCAGCCUCCUAUCUAAGCCUACCUGAUCCAGAUCCUCGUUGUUUUUCUUAAGCUGCCAUGGGUUCCGAGCGCGAGGACAAUGUGUACCGCGCCAAGCUCGCGGAGCAGGCUGAGCGCUACGACGAAAUGGUGGAGGCUAUCGAAGAUGUCGCUAAGAUGACCGACGGAGCUGAGCUGUCCGUCGAAGAACGUAACCUUCUCUCUGUCGCUUUUAAGAACGUCGUCGGUGCUCGUCGUGCGGCAUGGCGCAUCGUGUCGUCCAUCGAGCAGAAGGAGGAGAGCCGAGGACAUGAAGAUCGCGUAACCGUCAUCAAGGAGUACCGCGCCAAGAUCGAGAAGGAGCUCGACGAGGUUUGCGGACGUAUUCUGUCGCUGCUGGACACCACUCUCAUCCCUGCUGCCGCCUCUGCGGAGUCGAAGGUUUUCUACCUGAAAAUGAAAGGCGACUACCACCGUUACCUGGCUGAGUUCAAGACUGGCGCUGAUAGAAAGGAUGCUGCUGAGAGCACACUGGCCGCCUACAAGUCGGCUCAGGAAAUCGCCAAUGCUGACCUCGCUUCCACUCACCCGAUCCGUCUUGGCCUUGCUCUCAACUUCUCCGUGUUCUACUACGAGAUUUUGAACUCUCCCGAGCGCGCCUGCACCCUUGCCAAGCAGGCGUUCGACGAGGCUAUUGCUGAACUGGACACAUUGGGAGAGGACUCGUACAAGGAUAGCACGCUGAUCAUGCAGCUGCUGCGGGACAACCUCACACUUUGGACUUCUGACAUGCAGGACGAGGCUACGGAAGAGAAGGCAGAUGCUUGAUUAGUGUUGUGACUCAAGGCUUUAGGCUCAUCCUCUCCUUCCUGCAUUUGCAGCCCUGUUAUUCAGUAGAGGUCACCAUGCUGGGGGAAUCGAUUAUCUUGACCGGAUUGUGGUGUGGUUAUUCUCCCAUCUUGCACUCUCUGAUAUCUUAGAUCUUGGCAAGGAGAUCACAUACUAGUUGAUAUUGCGAGUUUUCUCAAUUUAGGCACAGGGAUAUGCCUUCCCUUUUUUACACAAUGGUCUUCUCUGGACAACUUGGAUGCAGUUAGAGCGUG